UCGGGUGGUUACCAAUAUCGCAACACUGCAAAAGCCCAAAUUUUUCUCAAUGGGUUGAGGCCCGAAUAUAUUCUUGCAAUUGCCCCUUCGACUUCUAAUACAUUACAAUCUGUCUACGAAUAUGCGAAGGCUUACAAAGUGCUUGUAAGCAAACCCCACCUUUCCAUGUCUAAUGGGUUCCAACCUCCUGUCUCUGCUUUUGAAUUAGCUAUUGAAAAAUUAGCAAAGGCUGUUAAUAAAAUGUUGAUACAGUUUCAAGAAAGGCGGCCCCUCCUGCAGGAAACUUCAAUAGAUCUGUAUAUUAUAAGUGUGAUCGG